AUGAGUGAGCAAAAUAUUGAACACCAACAACGUAGUCAAGCUCUUAUAGAUGCUGCAAAGCAGAUCAAAGAAGCAUGUGAGAUAUUUCAACGAGAAGCUGACAGGCUUCACGAGGAGCAAGAAUCCAUCGAUGCUAUGUCCAAGAAACUUGAUCGGGUUCACUUUUCGUCCACCGUUAAACUCAAUGUUGGAGGGCAGCACUUUACCACAAGCGUGCAAACUCUGACAAAGGAUCCCAGCUCCAUGCUGGCUGCCAUGUUUUCAGGAAGGUUCGAUAUGAAGCCUUCUGAAGACGGUUCGUUCUUUAUCGACCGAGAUGGAACUCACUUCCGCUUUAUCCUGAACUUUCUCCGCACGGGAAAACUAACUUUGCCUGAAGGAGCUACAUUUAUCAAGGAACUUGAGGAAGAAGCUGAAUUUUAUCAAAUUCAAGGACUUAUCGACGCGUUGAGCCAUGCUAAAUUAACAGUUAAAGUAGGUACGCCAGACGAGCCAUUCAGAGAGUCGACCAUUUUGAUGAAUGUAGAGCAUCGGAAAAUUUUGAAAGGUUGGUUACCUGAGGCCAUGGCAGGCGAAUGGCGUUUGCUAUUCCGAGCGUCACGAGAUGGCUUUGCCGCUUCAGCAUUUCAUUCUAAGUGCGACAACAAAGGGCCUACAGUCACUGUUGUGAAAAGCGGUGUAAACAUAUUUGGAGGUUUCACUGAGACGUCGUGGACAAGUCAUAAUACAGGAUGUAAGUUUUUACUCCAGUUUAUCAUCAUUUACACAUCGAAAAUAUACUCGAAUGAGCUUCCUGACGCUUUCCAAUCUUUAUUUACCAUUAUCCUGUAAGAUUUUGCGAUGAUCUGCCAUGACUCCCUUGAUUUCGUCUGAUGAAAACAACUAAUAAUCGACAGGAAGGUGGGAGUGCAGCAAUAUUUGAAAAUGAUCCAUAAAUGACUGCUAAAAAAGUCCUUAACAUGGGGGGAGAAAGUAUUACAAACUUUCAGUCCAAUGCACCAAAACAUCAAAAACAGAAAAACCAAAAGACCAGACUCCACAGUCACGGACCUCUACUUCUCCCUACUACGGACUAGCCUGAAUUUUAGACAUUCCUUCGACUCGCAUACUCCUCCCAGUUGCUGAUAGGAGUAUGCGAGUGGAAGUUCAGGCCGUAACUACGGACUUCUUAGGUUAAACUUGCUGCUUACAGAUUGAUGAACAGGACAUGAUAGACGGAAUGAAUGCCACACGGUCGACGAGAGUACUGCAAACUCGUACCCCUGCAGAUCUGAACUCGUACCCAGAUCUCCCAAACUUGCAAACGGGUUAAGCAAACAGACGCCAUUUUGGCCUUGGUAAAUUGUACAUUACCGUAUUUUCUCGAUUAAACGCCGUACCCCGAUUAAAAGCCGGGUCAAAACUGCCGAUUUUCAAAUAAACCCCGGGGGGCGUUUACAGAGGCCCCCCUUGUUUGAUCGAGAUCCCAGAGUUUAAUUGCGGUCGAGGUCAUAACGACCAGUUACAACUAGAAAUAUCACAGGCCCCCCAAGCUCAUGUUACGAGUGUGUUAUGUAUGUUAACUUUCUCACAAGAGAGUCGGUGUCGCAUUACAAGAAACCGUUGAGACUUCGUAUGAGAAAUAAAAUACGGAGGUCUGCGAACGCUAAAUAUCAUUAUUCUUACUUGUGUUUCUAGAAAACUAGAAAUACGUAUAUCGCAGAACCUCACGAAGCUCGGGGGGAAGGCCCAUAAAAUGUCAAGGAUGGAAGGGAGAAAAUUGUGUAGCUUGGGAGGGCGAGUUUCAACACUGGCUCUAAUAUUGGAAGGUGAGAUGUAGUUAAUCGCCUUUUGGUUGGAGUAAAUUUCAACCUAGUGUAAUAAUAAUUACUUGUGAAGUGUGUCAUGGUAGUGAGUGGAUGAAAUGGUAGGAGAUAAUGCUGCUGUAACGGGGCGUGCGUUGCCAUCAUUCUGGAAGUUAACAACGCAGCAUCGGAGAAAUGUUUUGUGUUCAAUACGGAAACUCCAAGCAUCUAUCGAUCUAUAAAGUCCUUCAUUUAACUUGAAAUCUCGUAAAAACUGGAAUACAAUGAGCGAAAAUAAAGCUAUUACUAUAAAAUCUAAGCAAAUUGAAAUGAUCUUAACUUGAGCACGUGCAGCGUGCAUACAGAUAAAUCUAAACAAUAAAAAUCUUCUUAAGCGUAACAAAUCUGCUUACGAUCGAUAACAAUAGGACAUUUCGGGAUCUAAAUAUAAAGAAACAAAUAAAUUUAAGACAUACCUCUUUCCCCGGUAUACAACUCAAGUAUUUGUCACGAUCCUAGAUCUAUCUUUCUUUCACAAUCCCUGCGCGUCUCUAGCUCGUGGUCCUAUCACUUUUGGAAUGUCACUUAAAACAAAGGAGUAUUAAUUUUAAAUAACUGACGUAGAUCCUGCAAUCACAACCGAAAAUAGCCUACGUUACAGCUGCAGUGAAAAUAACGAGUAAAUGCUGGUAAUUGGAGAAAAAAAUAUAAAUAUUUAUUGUUAAGUGAUUACAGCAAGAGGUUGUUUGCACUUGUUUUAGUACAUAAUCACACUUGACAACUAAUAAUGUUUGUAACAGUAAGGUGUAAACAUAAUCACUUACCCUAAAAUGGAAAUUACAUGUAGCAAUGUGAUAUUUUUCGUAUUUGACCCCUUUUUUUCCUUUUUUUCCACCACGGAGCCUGGUCCAAGGCUAUGUCAUUAAGGAUUCAGUUGAGGAGAAAUUUGAAAGUGAUCAUAACCCAUGAUUACUGAAUAUGCAGUAAGCACUGAAUUAUCACAGUAAAAAAUACCAAAUCAUUUAUGAAAGUGUUUAAAGUUAUUUCUGUACAUGCAUGAGAAACAAAUACUCAUGCAAGAGUGAAUUUGUAUCAAAUGUCCACAUACAGGUAAUACCGACCUUAAGUUUAGGUGGACGGCUACAUAGAGGACGGUGACUUUGGCCGCGACAGCUUGGGGAGGGCCGACAUCGACUUGGCCAAAGAAACAAGCUUUAAGUUUCAGUAGAGGUGACGGUCAAAGACUUUUCUUAACUGUAUUGAAGUCUGAGAAUAAGUUCCCUGAAAGAGAUCCAAGAACUUUUGGUCGACUUUUAUAAUUGAGUUGGUGUCAUAUCACAUGAGAAAUUCGUUCUCUUGUACGAUGAAAUCUAGUUGAGCGUUUUGUUGCUCAAAAGUGAAUGUUCGUCGCUCCACUGAGCCUAUUUGCGAUCUACGUAUUGCCAAAUUUUCGCACGCUUCACAGUUCUUACGGCUGGUCAUCGAGCCUACACGGCUCUGGGCUUGAAGCGGUAGGGCUCACUUACUAGAACUUCUUUAGCAAGCUGAAUAUCGUGACCUUCAGGUCACUCCAUCUUCAUUAAAAUAAGAGCAAAUUAUUAAAUAGGAUUGAUAAGUUGCGCGCAAAAAUAAACAAGUUCCUCCUUUUAAAGGGCUUUAUUUUGUCGAAUAAAUGUUAACCAAUUGACAUGUAAUUUCAUUUUGGCCUACAACUUAAGCAGAAAAAAUGAACUAAAAUCUUCGUGAAUGAAAAAACGGGUAAAAGUCGAUGUUCAGAUGGUGAGAGAAUACUUAAAUGUGAUUAUUUUGUCGCUGGGAAUUCUAAUCCCAGGGGCAACCAACGAGGAUAUAGUGCAAAACCACUUAACAUAGCAUUGUUGAAUGUAUUUUAGUAUUUAAACGGUAGAUAUAGGCAUAUUUUUAUCAUGAUCCCUUAAAAACUUUUCAUCUGUUCGGAUUGCCUAGCUGAAAGUCUAGUGAUCCGAAAAUUAUAUGGAUCAAAACUUACCUUUUCGAAAAUUUCAGCCAGGAAAAGGCACCCGAAAAUCCUAGGUGGCCUCUUUUAGGGUAAAAAUCCGUUAAAAAUGGGUAAUUAUACCAUUUUGUAGAUGUUCGAAAAUCCUAGGAGAGGCAGGCAAGCAAGAUAUUUUACAACAAAUGUUCCGAAAAUUCUAGAUCUCAAAUCGUCUUUCGAACAGAUAUUUUCCGAAAAUUGCCGUUGGGUACCCCUGUAAUCCUGCAGUAACUGGAAAAGGUUUAACAUUUGAAGUAAACUAGACACUCCAGAAACAGAUUAAAGCGGUAUUCUGUUAAAAUAAAGAUAUUUUGAAGACGAAAACACGAAGAAAAAACUCACGUUCUCGAGACACCGCCGUACUCUGCUUUCUCACCGUCGCGAAGUGCAGACGACGUAGGUUGGACGGCUGAGAUAUAUGUUAAUUAGCCCCAAAUCGGGCAACUUUUAUUUCCGGUUGCCGCCCUCCACCUUACCGUCCACCCUAACUUAAGGUCCUUAAUGUUGCAGGUGAUCAGUAUUUCAAUUCUCUAUCAACAUGCUUGAGCUUGUUGACACAUGGUUACCAGAGGCAUAGUUUUUUAAAUUCCCAGACUGGCAGUCAAAUGUACACUUUCCCUGAAUUGACAAUUUGUGCAGAUAUUAAUGUAUUCCAAAUUCCAGUCAAAACUUCGUGUACUGGACACAGAUGGUGUCAAGCAAAAGACUUCUUUGUUUUCUGUUCAGGGAAAAUCUGCUUCAUGGUCUUUUGUUAUAUAUGUCAUCUGUGUAUGGUACACAAAAUAAAUGCCCAAACUCCCAUCACAGCCAUCCUGUCCACCUAUUUCAUACAUGAAUUUCUCGUGAAUGUAAAGUGUAGAAUGGAUGGAUCUCAUAUGAAACCCUAUAUCUGCUUGUCGUUUGAUUUCUUGAUACAAUAUUCUCCCAAUGGAACAUGUUUAACUUCGGUGAGUGUGCAGGAAUAUGUCACCUUCCUCUGGCUUCUUUGAAAGAGUUACAUUUUAUUUCCCUGACUUAAGGCAUGUCAGUACAUGGAGGUGGGGGACUACAGGCGGACAGGAGGGUUACCCCCCCCUAAGCGGGCUACCUCACCUACCUGGGGUACCCCACCUCCAUGUAAACAGGCCCUUAUACUGAAACUCCCUGACUUGACUUACGGGGAAUGAUUAAUUUUCCUGGCAUGGUAACACAUGUAACACACUAAUAUUGUGAGGAGAUCCGAAAUCCAGAUGUUCUUUUCGAAUAUUAAAUAGGAUCGAAAAUAGGAGGCUAGCAAUAAUAACUUUUUUUAUGAUUGACUUAGAAGACACAGCUGUGUUUAUGUAUAAGGUAGACUUUCAAAAAAUUCCUUCGUCGGAUUUCAUAUGGCGCGGGACGAAGGACUUUUCGUACUUGAUUAAAGGGGCUGGGUCACGGCAGUCCAGUUCAUUUUGUUUAAUUUUGCCAAUUACUCGCCCUCAAUCCUAUGGAACUUAAAGUAAGCAAGGAAUUUACAGGUUAUCCGAGACAAACAAAUAUGUCUCCUGAGCAUUAUUUUUGAAGUUGCAAGCAGCCUAACAGUUUUUCAAAGUUGAUCCCUGCUGAACAGUUUUCAAAAACCCUAAUUCCAAUCCGUUUCAAUCUUCUUCAGUUUUGCCCAUCCGUGGUAUCUGUUGUUUCUGUUGUGUUAUUUUAACCUCUCUUUAAUGUUUUAAGCGGUUAUUUUUACGUUUCUCUUAAUGUAAUGGGCAUUUUGUGAUUACCUAAUUGGGCUGAAUUUCGUGACACAGCUCCUUUAACACCAGUUUUACCGACCCAAAAACGGGUCGGUGCGCUUGGACGAAUCAGAGUAGCUCCCAAGGACCCUUGGGGAUAAAGCUGUCACUCACAAGUACUAAGCACAUUGAAACGUGACUUGCGGUUCAAAUUCUAAAAGGGGGUCGAUUACGAAAGCGAUGAAAGAUGCUCUUGAGGCCACGGGCUAUUCUCAAUUGCGUGACUAUCAAAGGAAACAAUCGAAGCAUAUCUGUCGUAGCUUCCCACGCAGCUGUUUUUGGGUUAGCUCCCCUAAAAACGCCCGUGUGGGAGGCUAAUCUGUCGGGGAGGGAUGUUUUUGUGUCUGCUCUAGCCUGAGUAUCAGGCCUUCCUAAGGGGCUAGGAGAGAGGAGAUUUUAGAUGGGGGAAGGGGGAGGGGGAGAAGAGAAAGCUUUCUCCCUUUUUCGCUUCCAUCUUUCCCCUUUUCCCCCUUUGUCUGCUCCAACCGGAGCUGGCAAGAGUCUGACUUUUGAGCUGGUUCCAUACACUUUCCAUCGUUUAUUUGGGGAGGAUUGCAAUUCCAUCGCGUUGGUGAUUGUUCCUUUGAUUUCUCUCAUGAAAGAUCAGGUCUCAAACCUAAAUUCCCGUGGCAUUAGAGCAUCGUCUGUAGGAGACGAUUGCUCGGAAGAACAGCUAAAGGAUAUUUUAAAUCUGAAAGAGAAAAUAUUAUUUGGGAGUCCCGAGGCGAUCGUCAACAAUUACCGACACAUUUAUCGUGACCUAAAACGAAAUCACCUAAAAUCAUUGUUAGAGACAACUUUCGCACAAAGAAUACAAAUUUGAUUAUUCGAUGAUGGAGAUACACUUGUGUUCAAUAGAUUUAGUUGGAGUGGAAUCAGCACAUUCCGCUGUUUCUCCUUAGGUUCCUAAAUUUUCUCAGUCCUCUUCCUAAAAGAGUCCAGAGUUCCCAUUGAAAAAAUCCCGUAAAAAAAGACAAACAUCCACAAAAGACUUUUUUUUGUAUGGCGUAAGCGCUCCUCCCCUAAAUCCGGGGACUUUUAUUUGAAACUGUCAAUCUUCCCGCGCGUAACAUAAUUUCCGGUAAAAAUGCACUUCCGGUUCGCUCUUACAAACAAUUCUUUUAGAAAAAAGGCACAAGAAAUAAUCCUUAACACCACCAUUGAAGUCAAGGACUCGCAAAUAAAACCUGAAACCCCAAAUGCGAGUCACGCCACUCCCCAUUUUUGGCGCGAAAUGCAAAUGGGGACCCUUCAAGCGAGACAAGUCAACCGUAGCCUGCGUAGCAGGCGCUUGGAAGUAGUGGGUACAAGAAAAAACGGGCGCCUCCCUCGCGCGCGCCCGUUCUCUCUUUCGCCCACUACUUCCAAGCGCCAGCUACGCAGGCUAAGUCGACCCCCCCUCCCCAAAAAAGCUCGCUCCGCUCGCCAAGAGGUCGACUUGUAGCAAGUCUAUGUAUAAGGCUACAUACAAUAAUAAUAUAUUUAACUUGGGAUGGUUUUGGGAAAGUAAAUGUAAUGAAAAUUGUAAACGAAAAUGUUGUUCAGCAAGGAUUUUGUUUACAAACGUAACGCUCCCCGAAACAUGUCACACAUUAUCGGUGUUCUAAAUUGUUCACUGUAAAAUAAAGCUUACUGUAAUAACCCAUUGUUGCUCAUGGUGUAAAGGCUGAUUGGCUGUCCCCCGUUUGUUGGAAAGAUAUUCUUGACGUGCAUAAUUCUUGGUGCCUAUCGCUGCAUCGAAGAAGAUAAUUGUGACUGUAAACUUUAAGCGUUGCCUGAUCCAGUCUCGUCGCUUUUGGAAGCGUCGGCAGUCGGUGUUCCUCUCUUCAUCGGUUUCGUUUACAGUGUAAUUGUAGUAUUUUGUCGCUGUCUCUGUACCCGUUUGUGGUCUCUGUGUUGACGACGUUGCCUUCGCUGUGCUAAGCGAUGUUCUCUGCUUUGCGAUUGUCUUCUUCGUUCCGCUCGCCGAUGAAUUUUAAUCGGCGUUCUCCAGAGGAGUUUCAAUGGAAAAUCUUCCUCGGCGAGGAUUUGCAGGCACUUGCUGUGCUUGCAGUUCUGUGUCAUUUGGAUGGGAAAAUCAACACAACAGCCUUUCAUGAAGAAUCGCAUAAUUGAGUAAAAUCUCGCAUUCUGAUUGGUUAACGAAGCGAGGUAUUUAAUUAGUGUGGAAUUGCGUGUUGAAAACGAGGCUAAGCGAUAUUGUUUCGCAUCUACGUAACAACUAUCAUCAAAUUCUAACACGACAGCUGCAAAAAAGGUUCUCUUCAAUGUCAUUUUAAGAUGUUUUCAAAACCAUUGUCACCUUUUGAAGAGUUAAAAACAAACCAAAGCGUUUUUUAUAGUGAGCCGGAGGUUCUUCCUUGUUUUGAACUUAACUACAAAUUCUCGAAGAGGCAUAAAAAACCUCUUUCGCUCUCGACAACGAGAAAACAAGAAAAUCUUGUGAACACGGCCCAGAAAAUGGCAAACCAAAGUUCAACCAAACAAAACGGAGAAGCGACAACGGAGGAAAUGCGGGGGUGGAUUGUCACAUAUACAGAAGAAGAAAUAAAUACCUUCAAAGACGACAUGGCCCCUGAAAACACGACAAAGAGUACGCCGCUUGCAAUCGUCCUGAAUCGUGAUACUUAGAAAAGUACGAACAGAGCUGAACUUGAACAGCAUUUCUAAAACAUUUCAAGGUACUUGCCAUAUAUCAAUCGCGACGUUAAACUUUCAGUGCUUUCGCUUGGACACUUCAUUUCUUUCAGUUUUGCCGCCGAAGAGGUAAAAGGUGUAAAUUAUUUUCCUUCUCGAGCAAAUGACCAAUUUGAAAAAAGAUGUUAAAGAUAAACGGCUUGUAAAUUCAGUGAAAUACCUCUAUUUAUCCUUACGAUUAGUGUGAAGCUUGUUUACAUGUAAAAAAGUUUGAAAACAAAUGUAAAAACAAGCACAAGGUACAAAAAAAGUUGUCGAAGGUUCAAACGUGCACGACUGACCCUUCCUAUUCGCUAACGCAAUGACAGUUUUGACAGUUGACUUUGAAAUGGCUUUCUGGAGCGCGCGCUUAGGAAACAAACCAUUAUUGCCGUUUUCUUUUUUUUUCUGAUUUUUAUUCAGUUAUGCGAAACAAGGAAAAUCCAUUACCUGACUCGUGAAUUCCACGUUAAAUUGCACGCGAAAACCGAUAUCGCAUGAAUCGCGAAGCGAUGAGUGCGAUAUCGGUUUUCAAGUGCAAUUUAACGUGGAAUUCACGAGUCAGGUAAUGGAUUUUCCUAUAUUAUACAUGAAAAUGCGCCUUGGUCACAAAAUGCUCCAUGACGUCAUUGGCGGACACCAAACAUAUAUUCAUGAAAAGAUUGAUUUAUGGCGCAUCGAAUUUUGCAGCUGGCCACGCGUGGUUAGCAGACUGCGCGCGCGCCUCGCGCACGACGAGAUUAUAAAGUCGCUUCGCUCUCGGCGCUUCACUCGGAAUAAAUAAAGCAAUAAAUAAAGGAGACUUACCUUUGAUGUAUUCCUGCGCUUUUUGGUGGGAAUUCAUCGAUUUAGUUGGUUUUUUUGGCUGUUAUUGUUUGGCCCCUGUCACUUUCUUCAGAAUACGAAGCAAGGUGAAGUCUCCUGUAUCUAUUUUAUAGAAUAAAAGUCAAAGUAAAAUGAUAUUUAGCGUUCGCAGACCUCAGUAUUUGAUUUCUCAUACAAAGUCUCAACGGUCGCUUGUAACGCGAUACCGACUCUCUUGUGAGAAAAUGUACAUAACCGCACUCGUAACGUGAGCUUGGGACGCCUGUGGAAUUAUAUGAAUAUAAUCCCUUGAACAGCACUGUUACGACAUACUGUAGCAAGUACAGUGCAGUUGUUUCAGUCUUUUAAUAAACGUUCAAAGGAAAAAUACCGGCGUUUUAAACAUAAGUAGGGUGGAUGCUGUACCACAAAAUGUACGGUACCAUAACCUGAUAAUUGUACUGUAUCAGGUAAUGUACGGUGACGGGUAAUCAUCCCCGGAGAAUCCGGGAGCAGGAUGAAAGGAAAAAUCGUCCCACCCUCAUAAACGGCUCCUGGGUCUCCGAAUCUUCCUGAAAGAAGUGACAGAAAAGUCCAUUUUAUUAAUAACGCCGUUCCUCUGUUAAAACCCGGCUUCCAAAAAGCGUCGGGUCAAAACUGCCGAUUUUUAAAUAAACGCCGGGGGCGUUUAAUCGAGAAAAUACGAUAUGCUCGCACUUUUUUUGAGCAUUUUAGGGAAGCAAAAGUGUUAAGCAUUAUUCAAGCAUUUUAGUGGCCUUUUUCCCGCAAAAAAGUUUUUUUCAGAGAACAUAAAAAUAAGAGUAAUUUUUCCCGCAAAAACGUUUUCAGAGAAAACGAAGACAAACUCGAAAUUUAAAGUGUGAAGACUGGGAAAAAGUCGGCGGUGUUAAGUUAAAAAAUGUUAUGAACUUGCAUAAGUUGUUGUUAUAGUACGUUUACUCUUUCGGUAGUGAUAGCACCCUGUUCAAACGUUACAAUUAAUAAAAAGAGCCUCUGUAUGACAAGCAUUUUAGUGGGAAAAAUGGAGCAUUAAGGUGGAGAAUUUUAGUGGGGAAACAAAAGCAUAACAGGCAUAAUGUAAAUAAGACCUGAAGGGUACGAGAUUAGGAGCACUGUUACUUUAAGGAUAGGUGCCGUCUUUUAUUUAUUUCAGUACACAUGCAAAGAUUGCCCGAGUUUGAAUUAACCCUUAAUGGAUAUGCAGAUUUCUCUACUUAAGUAUAAAUUCGAUUCGUCACUUUAAAAGUUUACAUGGCAAGCCGAGUCCAGCAAACACUAACGUUAGUCUUAUCUGAUCAUUUGUAGGUUAUGUAAACUGUUGCCAAGCUUUCUUGUUUAGCUUGGUGAAUCCGAGUACCGUGGGGGCAACCAAACUGUCGCUCAUCGCUGGGAAGGAAGGGUUUGGCAUCGUUUGUAACAGCAACUAUGGACCAGUGUUUGGUGAUGGGAGUGACCUAUGUAUAUCAAAUAAUGCAAACACAAGUUAUAGUAGCAGCCGUCUCAGCAACACCUAUCAGCUCCCACCAGGACAACAGAACACGUUCUUCACAGGCGCCCAAAACUUCACUGUUACAGAUUACGAGGUGUUUGGAUUCCAGCAGUGA